AUGGCGGCAUCAAGAGGUGAAUACCAAGUGUUUCUGAAUUUCAGAGGACCCGAUACACGAUAUGGGUUCACUGACUUUCUCUACCAUGGCUUGGUAGAUGCCGGAGUCCAUGUUUUUAGAGACUACGAAGAACUCCGAGUCAGGGAUGUGAUUGGUGGAGAGCUUUUACAAGCUAUUGACAACUCAAUACUUUACAUACCCAUAUUUUCCCAAACUUAUGCUUCAAGUAAGUGGUGCCUUCGUGAGAUUGCGCACAUAGUAGACAGCGUCUCUAAGUCAGAUGGUAAAAAAAGUAUUCUUCCCAUUUUUUUCCGUGUGGAACCUGAGAGUGUUAAACUUAAGACUCCUCUAUAUAGCAAUGCUUUACUAGAACAUACAGUGAAGUUUCCGAAGGAAGUUGAGGCGUGGAGAAAGGCUCUUGAAGAAGUAGGUAAAAUCAAGGGAUGGAACGUGAAAAAGGACCAAAGCCAAGCAGAAAUUGUCAGAUUGGUUGUUAAAAAUAUUUUGGAGAAGUUGGAGAUAAAACAAAAAUCAGUGACCGACCAUUUAGUUGGACUUGUUGAUCAAGAAAGAGACUUGGCAGAGUUAUUAGAUGUCAAAAAUCCUGAUGUGCGGCUCAUUGGAAUUUAUGGAAUGGGUGGUAUCGGAAAAACAACUUUUGCCAAAUACAUUUUUAAUAAACUAUCUUCCCACUUUGGAAGGUGUUGUAGCUUCCUUGAGAAUGUUCGAGAAAGCAUGUUGACUGAGGAUGGCAUAGUCCGAUUGCAAAAGAAAGUAUUAUCUGACAUUGUUGGUUCUGGAUAUGUAGAGAAAGUUGAGGACAAAGAAAAAGGAACGCGUAGACUUGGAGAAAUACUCUGCACUAAUAAGGUCCUUGUGGUUUUGGAUGAUGUUAACAAUAAAGAGCUCAUUAAGAACCUAACAGGAAAUUAUUCAUUAUAUUCAGGAUCUAGGAUAAUCAUUACCACAAGAGACACAACUAUUUUUCAAGUUGAUGAAUUUAAAGGUAGAAUUCUACAAUACGAGAUGCCAAAGAUGGGAAAUAAUCUUGCUCUUCAGCUUUUUUGUCGGCAUGCCUUUGGUACAGACUUUCCUUCGAAUAAUUAUCGAUCGCUUUCAAGUGAUAUUCUCUCACUCUUGGGAGGGCUCCCUUUGGCAAUUGAAGUGGUUGGUUCAUUACUUAAGGGAAAAGAUGAAAAUUUUUGGAAUGAGACGUUGGAUAGGUUAAGAAAGGUACCUGAGAAAGAGAUUCAAGAGAAGCUGAAGAUUAGCUAUGAUGGCCUAGACAAAUAUCAGCAACAAAUUUUUCUCGAUAUAGCAUGUUUCUUUUCCAAUGAGAAUAAGACCGAUGCAAUUUACAUGUGGACUGAUUAUGACUUAUAUCCCCAAAGAGGAAUUCAUGUCCUUACUAGUAGGUGCUUGAUAAAGAUAUUAGACAAUGACACAUUAUGGAUGCAUGAUCAAUUAAUUGAAUUGGGAAGACAACUUGUUCGUCAAGAAAGUCCAAGUGACCUUGGAAAGCGAAGUAGGUUGUGGAUUGCAGAAGAGGCUCUCAAAAUUGUAAAAGCCAAAGAGAAUAAGGACAAGGUGGAAGCGCUUGAAAUUGGAGGAUGGAAUGACUCCAUAAAGAUUACAAAUGAAGAGUUGGAGAGGUUACAAAACUUGAGAUUCCUCAAGUUACGUAAUGGAACUUUUGUUGGAGACUUUGCAAUGUGUCAUUUACAGUUGAGAUGGAUUUCUUGGCAUUCUCCUGAUGAGGAUUUUAGGGCAGAGAAUAUGUAUUUGUGUCAUCUUCUUGUUUUUAAGUUGGACUCUAGUGGCUUCGCAGAUAAUUCAAAAGCAUGGGACUUGAUCAAGAUGGCACAAAAAUUGAAAGCUCUAUCUCUUACUUGGUGUUAUCGCAUAACAAGAAUUCCAAACUUAUUUGAAUGCUUGGGUUUAGAGAGGUUGAAUCUUGCACACUGCGAUAGGCUAACGGAAAUUGGAAACUUCAUUGGAGAUCUACCAUCAUUGAUUGAGUUAAAGAUUGAAAAUUGCAAUGGUCUUACAAAUUUGCCUAAAGAAGUGGGGGCACUAGUGAUGCUUAAGUGCUUCUCAUUGUCUGGUUGUUCUAGGUUGAGAGAACUUCCAGACUCACUUGGGAAUUUAACCUCAUUGAUAGAGUUAGACUUAUCACGUACAGGUGUUGCCAAGCUUCCAAACUACGUUGAAAAGUUAAAGUCAUUACGCAUAUUGCGAUUAUCAAAAGAUGGAUUACUUUCUCAAGAGCAUCAUGUUUGGCGUUUACCUAGUGGCAUUAGUGUUUUGGAAAAUCUUGAAGAGCUAGAUCUCUCCGGGAAUGAUGAAAUGGAAGGUGAAAUUCCUAGAGGAAUGGGAGAUCUGUCACGUUUAAGAAUCCUAAAUUUAGAGGGUACUCGUAUUUGCAAAAUUCCAAGGACAAUCAACAUGCUUCACCUCCUCCAAACACUAAACUUAAGAGGUUGUCAUGUGAUCAAAGUGGUGCCAGAACUUCCCACAAGUUUGACUUGUCUACUCAUUGAAUCUAGAUCAUUGCUCUCUGUUCCCAAUUUGUCAAACCUUACUAAUUUGGUUGAACUGCUACUAAGUGAUGGCUCUCGUAACAUAGGCAAAUCAAAUCUAAUCACAGGAUGCAACUUGUGUUGGAUGGAGAGGCUAUCUAGGUUGAAAAGGUUAGAUUUAAAUUUGUUAAAUUUCCCUGCACCUUCAGAGUUGGUUUCCCUUUCUCAUUUGGAAGAGCUUACUUUGUCUCAUCUAGCCCUAGAAACUCUUAAGGAACUUCCCUCCUCUCUGCUGAAAUUGAUUGUUAAAUUCUUUAGCAUCAGGAUGGCAGAGUCACUUCCCUCUUGUUUGAUAUUGAGCAAUUUGUCGACUUUAGAGUUCUACUCUGCUGAAGUGGAAAACAUUCCACUCGAUGGACUUCCACAAUUGGAGACCUUAAUCAUUCACGAUUGUAAACUGCUUCAGAGAUUGUUCAUUCCGUUGGAAUUAGGAAAGCUACGGCAAGCAUGUGUGGCUUGUUGUCCAGAGCUAGUUGCGAUAGAAGUUGCGGAUCUUUCAAAAUCAUUGGAAUGCUUCUCCAUUUUACGGUGCAUAUCUCUGAGAAGAGUGAAUGGCCUAAACAAGCUAAAGUCUCUACGAUACGUGAAGGUCAGAGAGUGCAUGUCAAGUUUGAUUGAUGCAUCUUGCACAAGUCUAGCAGAUAAUUGCGUCGUUGAUAGAGAUGAGUGUGGAGACUCUAUCAAAGGUUAUGCUGUGAGCUACCAACUUGGAAAAUCUACGAAGCGUUACAGAAAGGCGACCCUUCCGGAUACAUCAAAUAAGCCUCCAGUGACGACGGUGGUUCUGAAGUUCAGUGGCCGUGGCCUCCACUGCGAGCGAUGCAUCCAGAAGAUUCGCAAUACAAUCACACAAACAAAAGGAGUUCUCAAAGUUGCCAUCGAUAGGAACUGGGAAACGGCCACGGUGAAGGGGGUCAUGGACGCCAAGGCACUGGCCGAGAACUUGAGGUACAAGAUGAAGAGGAAGGUCGAAAUCGUCCCGCAGAAGAAAGAGGAAGAGGGCGAAAUCUUGGAAGAGGGUGAAAUCGUCCUGCAGAAGAAAGAGAAAGAGGGCGGGGAGGCCAAGGACAAGGAAGGCGGCGGCUGCCACAAGGAAGCAGAGAUCAUCGGCGGAUGGGGGAAAGUGGAAGGCCAGAGGAUGGAGUUUCGGGGGGCAUGCGGCUAUGGUCAGUGUGUGUAUGGGGAGCGAACGCACUUGUUUGCACCCGACUUACAUGAUCCCUAUACCCUCAUGUUCAGUGAUAAGAACACAGAAGAUUCUUGCUCUGUCAUGUGA